AUGGCGGCUCCUGUCGACAACAAACCAGGUUGUUGGAAAGCUCCUGAAGUGCUUAAACAUCACGAACAGCGUAAAAUAUGCAUUUCUCGACCAAAAUAUCGAGAGGGGAGGAGGGCAAAAGCGGUUAAGGUCUACACCAUCAAUUUGGAGUCUCGUUAUGUGAUGGUUCAGGGGGUCCCAGCCAUAGGAGUGAUGAACGAGCUGAUCCAGCUGUGUGCUCUGUACGGGACAGUGGAGGAGUACAGGCCUCUGGACGAGUAUCCAGCUGAGGAGUUUACUGAGGUCUACCUGAUCAAAUUUCAGAGGCUUGUCAGUGCCAGAGCAGCAAAACGACACAUGGAUGAGAAGAGCUUUUACGGAGGUGUUCUACAUGUAUGCUAUGUCCCUGAAUAUGAGUCAGUGGAGGACACCAGACAAAAGCUACAAGAGAGGAAGAAUUACAUAAUGAAGACUCUACACCAUAUUGCAAGAGAAAGACAACAAAUGGAACCUGUGACACCAGAGACCACUGCACCAAAUGCAACAAUAUCAUCCUUAGAAGCAACUACCUUCAAGCCAUGUACAAUAGUUACGGAUAAUACAGAAAACCACUCAUCACAUCAGAGUUCUAAUUUUCCUUUGCUUCUCCCGCCCCCUCAAGAAUAUCACUAUCCAAGAUACCAUCAUAGAAGUUUACCUACUGAGGAUAAAAUGGGAACAUUACAUAAUGCUUUUGUUGAUAAAGGACCACAACCAGAAAUGAGUAUGACCAGCCCUAACAUGUCUUCAGACUCAUUCAGGGACCGACAUGUGCCACCUCAAUCCCCUGUCAGAUUUCUACCACGGACAACACAGUUAGAGAAAAGAAAACAACAGGCAGAAGAGGAUACUGAACAAUCCUUAAAAGAUGUUACUUUUCAAACUGAAGGAUUUAUAGGACCAAAGUUACCAGAGCAACCUAAACUGGACAUGGAAGAUGAAUCCUUAAACACAACAGUCAAGAGGAUUAGAGACACUUUAAAACAGGUGGAAUCAGUUGCUGAAGUCAAGCCAGUGGUUAAAAAGUUGAAACAUCGUCGUAGGAUUUAAUGUUUUGUUGUUUUUUUUUUACUUUGCACAGCGCUUGUGUAAAAUCCACAUGUAAAAUGUCUGUUACCAUAUGAGCUUCCCAAAUAAAUUGACUUCACUGUU